GAGAAGAAGGACGGAAAUCCCUUAUUCUAUACCUGCAAGAUUAUUACCGACUCGUCCCCUCGCAUUGGCAACCGCCGGAGCCCGGAGGAGGGGCGCUUUCUCCCAACAGGAAGCACAGGGAGACAAAAAAGGAAGGGACUGCGAGGCCGGGUCCAUCCCCCUUUGGCGUUCCUCUAACGUUGCGAUGGAUGUUUUUUUAAUUGCGAUUGAAUCGAGCUGUGCAGCGCUAGACGUUUGCAAGUCGGAAGCGACGCCUUUGAUAACGGCAUCCUAAUUCCCGAGGCGAUCGCUCCUGCUGAUAUGCGAACUCUCUCUCGGGCCUCGGCCUCCCCUUGUUUGCAGAAGUAAAGUUUAUCCUAAACCAAGAACUCUGAUAAACACAGGAGAAAACUUCCUUUGCAGGAAUGAGGUUUUACCAUACCUGCAAGCUACCUGGAAGAAUAAUGGGUAUCCGGCUACUUCACUUCUCUUCUAUAGUGAUUUUUUUGCUGCUUCUGGUGGCAGGUGCAUUAACAGCUUUACUACCUAAUAUUAAGGAAGAUAAAAUGCUCACUCUGCGAAGGGAGAGAAAAUCCCAAAGCCAGUUGGCUUCAGAUUCAUUUACUCUCAUUAUGCAGACAUACAAUAGAACAGACUUACUCCUGAAGCUUUUAAAUCACUAUCAAGCCAUCCCUCACCUCCAAAAAGUGAUAGUUGUGUGGAAUAAUGUUGGGGAGAAAGCGCCUGAAGAAACAUGGAAUACUUUGGGACCUCAUCCUGUCCCAGUCAUCUUCAAAGUGCAAACGGUAAAUCACAUGAGGAAUAGACUUCAGGUUUUCCCGGAACUGGAAACAAAAGCUGUUUUGAUGAUGGAUGAUGAUACCCUAGUUAGCGCCUAUGACCUAGUUUUCGCUUUCUCCAUUUGGCAGCAAUUUCCAGAUCAGAUUGUUGGAUUUGUUCCCAGAAAGCACAUACCCAGCCCUGCGGGGAUAUUCAGCUACGGGAGCUUUGAGCUUCAGGGUCCUGUCAUUGGCAAUGGAGACCAGUAUUCGAUGAUCCUAAUAGGAGCUGCCUUCUUCAACAGCGCAUAUCUAGAACUUUUUCAAAAGCAGCCUGAAGCUGUGCACACCAUGAUCGAUGAGACUCAAAAUUGUGACGAUAUUGCCAUGAAUUUCUUGGUAGCCAAGCAUACCGGAAAGCCAUCGGGCAUGUUUGUGAAGCCGGUAGACAUCAGGAAUUUAGAAAAAGAAAGCAACAGUGGUUAUUCUGGAAUGUGGCACCGGGCAGAACACUUGCUGCAAAGGUCCUACUGCCUUAAUAAAUUGGUUAGUAUCUAUGGCAACAUGCCUUUAAAAUAUUCUAAUAUUAUGAUUUCCCAGUUUGGUUUUCCAAACUACGCUAAUCACAAGAAUAAAGUAUAAGGAUAUGCGCCAAUAAAUGCUUCGACGUGCUUCUCGGCAAUUCAACUAAUAAACCAAGUAGGGAAGUGUGUAAAGAAAUCUGUAAGGGUACACAUUUUAUGGAGCUCUUUCUGCAAGAGCUCUAAGGGGAUGUAAAGUCUGGGUGAAACAUUCCAUCUCUUGUACUCAGCAUGUGGAAAGCUUUUUAGUUGGCUUUGCUAUUUAUCCCCAUUUCAGACAACCUUCCUCCCCCAAACACUUGAAUGCAGAUUGUCCCAGAAAACCAUGUGCAUUCACGUAAUCUAAGUUGCAAAUAUACUAUAUCUCCAGCCACAAUGUUUAAGCCAACACCCAUUUUUCACUUUCAGCCUGCCUGUUCAAAUAUGCCUGUAAAAGGAUGCAAAGAAUAAAUUCUCCAUAAAAUGUAGCAUUUUUUUCUUCACACAUCUGUACAACGAGGCUACACUUGCUUUAUAUAUCAGAUAUUGCUCCAGUGACACUGAAUAGUUUCACUCGUAGAAAUAUUUUCUGUGGAAUAACUUGAUGAUUUGAGAGCAUUUGCAAUAACAUUAUUUGCUUCCCCUUUCCACAGCUAAAUAAUAUUUUUUUAAAAAGCAAAUGGUGAGAUAUUUGUCACAAAUACAUUAUCUUGAUCUUGAGACGUGUGAAGAGUUUGCCCUUAUCUUCCACUAAACUUUUUAUUUUAACAAAAGCUGUUUGAAUUUUGAAGACAGUGCUAUUUUAUGUCUUAAGCCAAGAGCUAAAUAGUUUGCAGUGUUUUUUUUAACAUAAUGAUAAAAUGUUUCUGAACUUACACAACUUGUAAUAUCUAUGUGGUUGUUCAGUCUGAGAUCUUUCUAUAUUUCAAAAAUAUUGUAACACUUUUAAUCCCUUGCCUAUCAGUAAAAGUUAAUAAAGGAAAUUACAAGAUUGGGAAUUUUUCCCAUGCAAAUUGUAAUUCAAGACACAUUGUGUUUUCAACUAUAUACAUUCGACAGAAACCAGGUCUGAGAUCCAGAGAUCCUAUAUAAUUCUUUUUUUUUUUUUUUUUGCUUUUUCAAAGAAUCAAACCCCCCUAUCCAAAGCUGUUCAAUCCAUAUUUUAAUAUCCAACUUGUUUCAACUGAAAAUUUGCCAUUACCAAAAAAAACCCCAUUUUAUCUGUGCAAUAUUUUGAUCGGAUUAAAAAGAUUAAGCAUAGAUUACUAUACAAAAGCUGCAGCCAACAUCUGCAACAGUGAUCUGGGGCAGCUCACAGUAUGCUGGUAGAACAUAGAAGCCAAAGUAAGAAAUGGUAUCAAAGAUUUCUCAGCCUACAAUCAAUCUGAGUUCCAUUGCAAUUUUUUUUUAUUUGAAUGCACAUUUUUUUUCAGGCUCAUUUAUCUGAAGCUGGUGGCUUAUUGCUGCUUUCAAGGAAAUAAAAUGAAUAUUAGUAUUUGUUUGGGAACAGGUUGUGCUACCUUGUGUGUUAAGGUGCCAUAUUUCUAUUCAUUUAGUUAGGCUUAUUCUGUAUCUGAGUUUGUAUAUUUCUUUUCCUUCUGCUCAAUAAUUUUCAAUCUGUUGAAAAUACGUAUGAUUUAGAAUUCAGUGGUUCCUAGAGAUGUGACUGCCUAGUUCAGUUGUAUUUUGAUGUAUUUUGUAAAUGCAAAAGUUGUGCAUUUCCCCCCUCUUUUAUAGUCAUAUUGUUGGGGUAGUUGUUCUUUCAUCCUUAUUUUCUAAGAGAACUGCUAAUAAAAUGUGUAAUAUUGA